CCCCCCCCCCGCCGGCUUCACCCCUUCAGCCACGCGCCGCUAGCCGCGAGCUGGCAGGCGGCGUUAGCCCGGCCGGUACCCGUCUGCUGAGGGGACCCAACGGGUGGCGGAGCGGGACUCAUGGCCGCGUCCAACCGCAUGAUGCUGGGGCCACUGGUGGGCUCCAUCGAUCAAGGCACCAGCUCCACUCGCUUCCUGGUUUUUAAUGCAAAAACAUCAGAGCUCUUGAGUCACCAUCAAGUUGAGAUAGUGCAGAAAUUCCCUAAAGAAGGAUGGGUGGAACAAGAUCCAAAGGAAAUAUUAAGUUCUGUCCAUGAAUGUGUGGAAAAGACCUGUGAGAAACUGCAACAACUGAACAUAGACAUCACUAAUAUAAAAGCCAUUGGAGUCAGCAAUCAGAGAGAAACAACAGUGGUCUGGGACAAGACAACUGGAGAACCUCUUUAUAAUGCUAUCGUGUGGCUUGACCUGAGAACCCAGGCAACAGUUGACCGUCUUCUUAAAAAAAUUCCAGGAAAAAACAAAUCCUUUUUUAAGUUUAGGACUGGUCUUCCACUUAGCACUUAUUUUAGUGCAGUAAAACUUCGAUGGCUUUUGGAUAAUGUGGAAGAAAUUAAGCAAGCAGUUGAUGAUGGAAGAGCUAUGUUUGGGACUAUUGACUCAUGGCUUAUAUGGAGUUUGACGGGUGGAAAGAAUGGAGGUGUUCACUGUACAGAUGUAACUAAUGCCAGCAGAACAAUGUUGUUCAACAUUCAUUCCUUGGAAUGGGAUCCUGAACUCUGCCAGUUCUUUGAUAUUCCUAUGGAAAUACUCCCAAAAGUACGAAGCUCCUCUGAGAUUUAUGGCCUGAUGAAAAUCUGUCCUAGCCUGAAAUCUGGAGCUUUGACAGGUGUACCAAUUUCAGGGUGCUUGGGUGACCAGUCUGCUGCUCUUGUUGGGCAAAUGUGUUUUCAAGAUGGGCAGGCAAAAAAUACGUAUGGAACAGGAUGUUUCUUGUUGUGCAAUACAGGUCAGAAGUCUGUAUUUUCUGAGCAUGGUCUUCUAACCACAAUAGCUUACAAACUGGGCAGAGACAAACCUGUUUGUUAUGCACUAGAGGGAUCUGUUGCAAUAGCUGGUGCUGUUGUUCGUUGGCUGAGGGACAAUCUAGGUAUCCUUAAAACUUCACAGGAAGUUGAAAAACUGGCUGCAGAAGUGGGGACUUCUUAUGGCUGCUACUUUGUGCCAGCAUUUUCAGGACUAUAUGCACCAUACUGGGAACCCAGUGCAAGGGGUAUUAUCUGUGGCCUUACUCAGUUUACAAAUAAAAACCACAUUGCCUUCGCUGCGCUAGAAGCGGUUUGCUUUCAAACACGAGAGCUUUUAGAUGCCAUAAACAAGGACUGUGGGGUACCACUAAAUCAGUUACAGGUAGACGGAGGAAUGACCAAUAAUAAAGUCCUCAUGCAACUCCAAUCAGACAUUCUCUGUAUUCCAGUAGUAAAGCCAUCAAUGCCUGAAACAACAGCUCUAGGAGCUGCUAUGGCAGCAGGAGCUGCAGAAGGAGUUGGAAUUUGGAGUCUGAAUCCUGGAGAUUUGACAGCAGUGACAUGUGAACGAUUUGAGCCACAGAUCAACCCAGAGGAAAGUGAGUUUCGCUUUGCCAGAUGGAAGAAAGCUGUGAUGAAAUCUAUGGACUGGGUGACAUCUGACAUUUCUUCAAAUGGUGACAGUAGUAUCUUCUCUAGUCUGCCUUUGGGUCUUUAUAUUAUGAGUAGCAUGAUAAUGUUAAUCGGAGCAAAGUACAUCUCAGGUAAUGGUAAUUGAGACCACUUAGCGGACUCUCUGGAUGCAGCUGAUUUUUUUUUUUUGUUUCUUUUUGUUUUGUUGUCUGAAGAGAUUCCACCACCAGUGGGAUUAUACUGUUUGUAUGACUAAAUCCACUCAUGAAUCCAUCUGUUGCCAUUCUCUGAGUAAUAUCCCCGUGGUACACUGAAACAUAAGUCUUCAGCCCUUCAUUGCUCUGCUCCCUUCCCCGUCAACUCCAACUGCACUGGAGGCCUUUGCAUCGACUAUCUUACAUCAUCCUCUAAAAUUUCACAAGGCCUAGCUUUGAGAAAGUGGGUACAAAAAACACUGCAACUUGUGAGUAAUGUCAGAUGUUUAGCUGUCCUUUCAGGGUUUUGAUUCUUUAUACAGCACACUGCAGAAGGUUAAUGAUGCACUAAAGAACUUUGUAAACAUCACAGCAAUUCUUCCAGCUGCUGUGAAUUACCUUUUAUAUGUCUGUGGUUGCCAAAGAUUUUCCAUUGUAGCGACCACUGGUCUGGAACACCUUCAGUGCUACAAACCUUUUAAACACUAGCUCAAAAAGUAUUACCUGUUGCACACCGCCACCAGUUUGGCGAUGAAGAGGUUGCUGAUGUUUUCCACAAAGUACUGUUGAAACGAUCAAUUACAAAGUUUAAAAGUUUGUUUUGGCUUCUGUAGGUAGUCAGUUUACCCCUUAUGAGUAUUUAAGACAGUAGUUCCUGUAGCUGUUCCUUUAAAAGAGGUAGGAGUAAGUAGGUGUUUUUGUUAAGGCCAUGUUUUACAUUCUUGCGCUUUUCUGUUAGAUGGAAAGACAAAUUUGAUAUGUCAUGUUGAUAGGACAGCUUCUUGGCCCUCAGCCCAACUGGUAACUUAAAACUACUGUGUAAAUGCACUUCUGUUGAUCAAUACUGCAUAUAUUCUGUCAUCCUGCUUAAGGAUAUUUUAGUGACUAUUCACUAAACUUUUGAAAGUUGAAGCUAACUUAGUUUUCCUUAAAGAGGGUCCACUUCAAAUUAAGUAUUAGUGCUUUAGUUCUUGGUCUCAUUUAGUAGUAUCUCAGGGACCAAAAUCUCCCUUUCAGUUUUCACAUCCAUAGUUUUAAUAGCAAGUUGUUGCAAAAUUUGCUGGGGCAACCUAAAGUGCACUUAACACCUGAAAUGGGCCACUGGCAUUCACGGGCAGUGUGCAUGACAAUUGAGUUGCAUCCCCUUUGAAACUUUUUGUCCUCCACAGGUAAAAGAGUGAGGCAAUAAAUCAUUUUAUCUUCA